AUGCUGGACGAAGAGACUCUUCGGUCCAUGCUGCCCGGCCGCUUUGGGCAGCAGGGUAAGAAUGAGCUUCCAACUGCACAGGAGCCUAACGAAGCAAGUCAAGAAGAAGAGAAGGAGGAAAAAGCCCCUGUACCUGACACUUUGGACGUACUCAAAGAGUACGCAGGAUUGCCACUUACUCGUUCCAUCCAGCUCAAGGACCAUACCAAGUCCGUGUGCGCCCUAGGCAUUGACCGCAGUGGUGCGCGCGUGGCCUCGGGAUCCACCGACUACGAUGUAAAGCUGUGGGACUUUGGUGGUAUGGCAUCCAAUCUGCGUCCUUUCAAGACGUUUGAGCCAGCAGAAAAUUACCCCGUCAUUCAGUUGGCGUUCGCCCCACAAAGCAAGAACUUGCUGUGCCUGAACGCUGCGCCCCAGCCACGAGUGUACGACUACGACGGCAACGAACUAGCCGUCUAUAAAAAAGGUGAUGUGUUCAUGCGUGAUAUGCGGCAUACUACGGGACAUAUUAGCGACAUCACCUGUGGUAUGUGGCACCCACUGGACGACACACAUUUCAUGACUGGCGGCUCUGACAGCACUAUCCGUCUUUGGGACGUGAACCACAAAGCGAGCCAAAAGACUGUGAUUGUCUUGCGCUCAAAAAACCGCGGCACCAAGACUCAAGUAUCGGCUGCCACUUACACACCCGACGCCCGCGCCAUUGUAGCAACAGGCCAAGAUGGCGCCAUGUACAUGUGGGCUACGAACGGAAACUACGCGCGCCCCUCCGCGACCGUGCAGGGUGCUCAUACAGCCUCCCAGAGCGCCACGAGUUUGGCCGCCUCCUCUGAUGGAUACACGCUUGCAUCACGAGGAGCCGACGACUCGCUCAAGCUGUGGGAUCUGCGUCAGCUGCGCUCGCCUUUGGCUGAGAAGCAGGAGCUUCCGAAUGGAAGCGACCACACUGAUGUUUUGUUCAGCCCCGACGGACGUCAAGUCAUGACCGGCCUCGCGUCUGUGCCAGGCGGCUCGAUGCGGACGUCGGACCCUCUGAGUCAAUGGGGCCAGUUGGCCGUCUUCACCUCUGACACGCUACAUCAGCAGCUUGUAUACCCUGUGGCUCAGUCAAGCGUGAUUCGUAUCGCGUGGCAUGCGCGUCUUGACCAGGUCUUUGCAUCAACACGCGACGGAAGCGUGCAUGUGUUCUACGACGAGCAUGCGUCACAACUGGGGGCUCUUCUUUCGGUAAACAAGCGCGCACGCACACGGACGAAUCCCUUCGCGGACGAUGGCUCACAAACUGAUCCUUAUGCUGACGUGCCCAUCAUUAUACCGGAAGAAACGGACCACGACGACUGGCUCGAUCCCGUCUACAAGAAGCCGCAGUUCCCACGCAAUCCCAAGAAUGCUCGCGUGCCUGAGCGGCCGCUUGAAGGCCGUGGCAAGGGUGGUCGGAUUGGUCGCUCAGCAUUGCAGCCUUUGAUGAAGGAUCUUGUCGAGAGUGAUCUUCGCUCAGAAGACCCGCGCGAAGCACUGCUCAAGUACGCUGAUAAGGCGCAGAAGGACCCACGUUGGACGGCAGCGUAUGCUAAUACGCAACCCAAAGCUAUAUUUGACGAAGAAAAAGACACCUAG